AUGGAAAAUUAUGAUGAGAUAUAUAAUGAAAAUUAUGGGCAUGAACACUGUGAUGGAAAACAAGGCAUUAGAAGGGGUACAGCAAGAUGUGAAUCAUGUGUAAAAAUUGCACAAGUUCGAGAAAAAUGUCGUGCUAGUCGAUCACGAGUAACACAUAUGAUCCAUGAAGAAAAUGCGGGACCAAUGGCUGAUAUUACAAAGAAAUCAUUUAAAGAGUAUAUAAGAUUAUGCGUACGAAGGAUCAAGAAGUUCGCAGCUACAGGUUUUGCUAGAAUUAAUGCAUUCAGAAAAGAUGAUAUAUCAAAUAUUGUUUUUGUAAUGGUAGAUAGAACAAAUAGUCGUUCCCGUUGUUCAUUUCUUCGAAUUGAUUCAAAUGGUAAUACACAAAGAAUUCCUAGAGAUUCUAUUCUUGGAACUAAUCUUCUUAAUUCAUUACCAAAUAUUCUCACAUCAUCGUCAGAUCAGCAUAGCUGCCGCCAAAAAAUAACUCAUAAUCCGGUUUACUACCCAAAUUCUCACAAAAGAUUACAUGCACCUCAACGGCUUCGGUUUAACAUUGCUUCUCCCAUAUUAUCUAUUCAAUCUACAGAAUCGACACGUGUUAAUAUUUCUAGAAAAUGCACAACACCUUUUGAUGAUGGCUAUGAUGCUAAUAAAUUCAACAAUUCUUCAGAUGAAAUAUCAGAUACUGCGACUUCUCAGAUAUUUUCUACAAAAGCACAAUUAUCACAAUUGUCCUUUUUGUCCAAUAAUCAAACAGAUUUAAAUACACCUACACCAUGCCCCGUAAAAAACGUAUCUUCAAGUAGUGUCUUAAAAUCUAAUUUUAUGUUUAACACUAAUUCUGCUACAUCUACUCAAGAAUCUUGCAAUUUUGAUAAAGAGAUGAGAUAUAUGCGUCUUCAACAUGCUAUAUCGCAUGAACUUAGAGAUCUAGUUGCUGCUAGUCAUGGUUUAGAAAAUCGUGAUAAUUCUGCUUUCAAUAGUACAAAAACUAUCAAUACUUAUCCACCUAUUUCCCGAAAAACUUCUAUGAUAAAUUCAAAAAGAUAUGGAAAAAUAUUUUCAUCACCAGAGAAGAAUUUCCUUAAUCAAUCAGAAUUUUUCUUAACACCACGCAAUUUAAAGAUGAAAAGUCGCUCUACUUUUGCUACUGAACCAAUUGAUUUUCAAAUACCAACGUUAGAUUCUGCUAAAUCAUCUAUAACCACAUUUGACAAAGGAAGCGAUACUUCUCCACCUUUAAGAACAUCUACUGAAUCCACAGUUGUUUCUUCUACAACAGCUUCUAUAAAAUGCCAAAUUUUUUCAAAAAUUGCAAAAGGAAGAAAUGCUCUUAUUCCUCCUAAGCUUUCUGCCUCAAAUAAUAUAAAUAAAAGAACAUCUUUAGCUAGCAACACAAAACUAAAUAAAGGAAAUCUAGGCACUGUUAGUAAACUUAUUGAACUUUUUGAGGGUCUUACAUGGAACGAAGAAAAAAAGCAAUCUAGACCAGCAUAA